AUGACCAUGAUCAAGUUACCAGGUAACUUAUCUAGCAUGGCCAUCUUACAAAUAGUUUUAACCAUUUUGGAUACCCGCUCGCAAUGGUCAAUGGCAAAAUCAACAUUGCCGACCGAAGUUGCCUUACGAGAGUUCCUCAUGCAAUACAGAAAAACUCCUUUGACAACCGGUCUUUCGCCAAGAAAAGAGAGGGAAGAGAACUAUAAUAAGGAGAAAAGUUCUAUAGGUCAACCGUGUUAUGUCAAGUACUACGGCCCAAGAAGAGAUCGUCAAGCCAGAUGGGUUCCUGCAACAGUUUUUCAAAGAUUAGGUCGAAGACACAGCAAAUCUGUCCUAGAUACGGUGCCAACCAAGAUGGCGACCCAGGGGAAAUCACUGGGACCCAGUCCCAAUUUGACUCAAGGCAUUCAAUCGUCAAACCAACUUUUUGACCCGAUAUCUCUGCCUGGAAGAUCUGAACAGGAUAUUGAAGUGGGCAGGACAUAUGAUGGUGAUGGAGUUCAAAACACACAAAAAAAAAUCUGGAAGUAUCAACUAGAGGAGAAAAGAUUAAACGGCAGAUUUAAAACGAGAUGUAACAAGUGUCUUAGUCGAGAUUUAGUAAGAGCUGGGUUAUCAUACAUGGGAAAACUACUGGAAGAACUAGAGUAA